GCCAUAAGGCCAAGCUCCUUGAUAACGACCUGAUAAGAGAUUGCGGUUCAGGGAAAGAGCUACCACAGGAAGAUCAACUCAAGUUCUCUUCCACGCAAGAACAAAGAGCCUAGAAAACCUUCAAUCGCCAUCAUGGAAUACAAGCAAUCUCAUCAAAACAUUACUCCUAGACUUAUUAUCCACGGCGGCGCUGGAAAUAUCCUACCUUCCAACCUCCCACCUUCGAAAUACACAAAGUACCACGAUGCGCUCCUUACCAUCCUCGCAGAAUCUCACCGAUUCCUGAACUCUCCCUCUUCGUUUCCUCUAUCUACGGCUUCCUACACAUCUGCAAUAGAUGCUGCCACGUUUGCCGUCUCGUUAUUGGAGGACCACGACCUUUUCAAUUCUGGACAUGGAGCUGUCUUUACGAGAGAUGGCGUCAACGAACUUGAAGCCUCGAUUAUGGUCUCGAAAGGAAAGAAGAAGAGGGGCGUUGGAGUUAUGGGUCUUCAACAUGUUAAGAACCCAAUCAAGUUUGUUAGAGAAAUGCUUUUGCAUGGGGAGAAUGAUCUGGAAGGUGGAAAUGGAGAACACAGAGGACCUAUGCUUUUCGAACAAGACUCUUCAACACUCAGCUCUGGUGCUCAAGGUCACUCACAACUACAUAAGUAUAGCGCCGAGAAGUUGGCAGAGAAGUGGGGCAUGGAGAUGGUAGAUCCAAGCUACUUCUUUGUCCAAGCAAGAUGGGAUGAGCAUAUCAAAGGCCUAGAGAACGAGAAGACCUUCGGCCAUGCGACGUGGCACGAAGAACACUUCUUUCCACAAGGCACAUGUGGUGCUGUUGCACUUGAUACCGAGGGUGUGAUUUGCUGUGCUACAAGCACUGGAGGCAUGACAAACAAGUUGACAGGACGAAUUGGAGACACACCUACAAUUGGUGCAGGAUUCUGGGCAGAAGAAUGGGAAGAAGAUAUUUCCUCGAUCACUGAAACUCUUAUGAAUCAGCAAGGACCAGCUUUGGUAAUUAGCGAAACCUUGAAGGGGAUGAUCGCAGAUUGUUUCCCCAGCCCAACCACCUAUUCCCCACUACCUGCAGUUGAUUUCGAUCCAAGGACUUUAGCAGAGGGAGACAGGGUCUUCAGAUCAACGGGCAUGUCAGGCACUGGAAAUGGAGACUCGUUCCUCAGAAUCAAUGCUGUCCGAACAGCAUCAGCGAUUGCUCGAUAUCGUGGGGCAAAAUCGAAUGCCAAAACAUCACUCCAGGAAGCCAUCACGGAGAUAUCUGGUCCCGGUGGAGACUUGGUCAAGAGCGCUGGGAGCCGCUGGAGAAAGACUGGAGAAGGUGAAGGCGGAAUCAUUGGUAUCGAGCUCACGGUGGUCACAGACGAGAAUGGCAACAAGAAAUCAGCAGUCUCUAAUGUUGUUGACGACUACAACUGUGGUGGCAUGUUUCGUGCUACGGUUGAUAAGUAUGGUAAAGCUGUCAUGAGAGUUUGGAAGCCUGGUCAGCACAGCGGAUUAGAGAAGUACGAUGGCGAAGGAAGACAGUAUGACUUGAGCGAGUGGCUGGAUGCGAAGACACUUUGAUAGAUUGGAACAGGGAAAUUGGAGUUUUGGGUUCGAGGUCAGGCGGAAUAAAGUGACAUUGGUAAGAUCAAUUCCUUCAAGAAUAAAGGAGGAU